UAGAAUGAGUAAAAAAAUAUUAUCUUUUCUUUUCCAGAGUGAAGAAAGAAGCAAGUGUGUCUAGAGUAGCGCUGAGUGAGGGAGACGCUGCGUUCAAACCUCACUCCGCUAAGACACUCCAUCCAGCCACCACACCCCUGCCUUACUCCACCUCCCACCCACCCAACUUCCUCACAGCCUCACUCACUCCACCAAACCCUCCCUUACUCCACCUCUCUCUCCCACACACUUCCUCACAGCCUCCCUCACUCCACCACAACCCUGCCUUGCUCCAUCUCUCUCUCCCACACUUCCUCAGCCUUCCUCACUCCACCACGCCCUCCCUUACUCCACCUCUCACCCACCAACUUCCUCACAGCCUCUCCUCACUCCACCACACCCUCCCUUACUCCACCUCUCUCUCCCACACUUCCUUCACACCCUCCCUUACUCCACCUGUCUGUUUUUCCCACCCACUUCCCCGGUUUCCCCACCCUCCCAUUCUCUCCCACCUACUCUCCUACCCUCUCCAUUCAUUCACCUUAACCCAGAGAAGAGCGAUAAGGAGAUAAGAGAGAGGAAGAAAGAGGAGGUGGAAAAAUAGUGACACGAGACAAGAUAACACGAGGAAAGAAGAGGAAAGGAAGUGUUGGAAGAUAGAUAGGAGGAGAUAAAGGAGACUGAUAGAUAACAGAUGAAAAAGUAAUGAUAAAGUAAAAGGAAAAGAUUCUUUGAUAUCAGAAGGAAAUAGAAUACAAAGAAUAAAGUGAUAGAUAAGAAAAUAGUAAAGGAGGAAGGAAGGAAGGAUACGAAGGUGUAGGAAAAGGAAAAUUGAUUAAAGAAAGGAGAGGUGAGAAAAAAAAACAUAAGACGAAGAAAGUAAGGAAAAGAAGGGAUAAAGAACGGAAUAGUGAGAAAAGUAACAAAGGGAAGGAGUAAGAAAGAAUAAAAAGGAAAAAGGAAAACAGUGGAAAGUAACGAAAGAAGGAAGGAAGGAAGGAAGCAGAAACCACAGCCAUGAUGCGAACAAUCUCUACCACUUCAGAACUGGACGAAAUCAGCGCCAGUUAUGAUGUGCCCGUGGUCGACCCCGCUACUGUGCCCAAGGUGCUGUACGGUCACAGGGCCUCCGUGGACUCGCUGGUGGACCUUGAGUGGAGCCAAGAGUCCCGCGUGCUGGUGCUCUACACGGGAGGCACCAUUGGAAUGAUGAGGAACGACAGAGGACGUCUGGUUCCCAUCCCUCACGAAAUGGAGAUGAACAUUCGGCGCUACCCACACAUGCACGACGAGCUGUACGCCGAGAAGAGGUUCAACAACUCUGUCACGCAGCCGCUGGUCCUCCCGGAGUGUCAGGGUGAGCGGCGCAGGGUGGUGUACUGGGUGUAUGAGUAUGAUCCCUUGCUUGAUUCCUCCAACAUGACCAUGGACGACUGGAUCAGAGUGGCCAAGGACAUCAGGGAGGUGUAUGAGUUGUUUGACGGGUUUGUGGUGCUGCACGGGACAGACACGCUCUCCUACACUGCCGCGGCGCUCUCCUUCAUGCUGGAGAACCUGGGCAAGCCUGUCAUCAUCACUGGCUCGCAGAUCCCGCUGUUCGAGACUCGUAGUGACGGUCGAGACAACUUCAUCGGAUCCCUCAUCAUGGCGGGCAGCUACAGCAUCCCCGAGGUGUCUGUCUUCUUCAAUAACAAGCUGUACAGGGGGAACAGAACCACCAAAGUGUCCACCGGCAGUCUACAGGCUUUCGACUCUCCAAAUAUGGCGCCACUGGCCACGGCGGGCAUCACCAUCCACGUUGACUACCGCUCUGUGUUCCGCCCCACCACGCUGGAGAAGUUCACAGUGUUUGACCGUCUUAAUCGCCACGUGGGACUGCUCAGAAUCUUCCCCUCUAUAUCUGCCGAGACGGUGAGCGCCUUCCUGCAGUCCCCCAUGGCAGGCGUGGUGAUCCAGACCUACGGCGCCGGGAACAUGCCCUCCAACAGAACUGACAUUAUGAAGGCCUUACGCGAGGCCACAGAGCGAGGCGUCAUCAUCGUGAAUAUCACCCAGUGCAUGCACGGCGCGGUGGAUGCCAUAUACGAGACGGGCCAGGCCUUGGUGGACUCCGGUGUGAUGGCGGGGAUGGACAUGACCCCUGAGGCAGCACUGACCAAGCUUAGCUACGUGCUGGCCAAGAAGGGCUGGAACCUGGAGACUAAGAGAAAGAUGAUGAAGACAAACCUGCGGGGCGAGAUGACAUGCCUGGCGCAGGAGGAAGGCGGCCCUGUCAUUGAGGAGGGUGGCGUGAGGGAGCUGGAUGUGGUGGCUUCGAUAUCCCGUGCCUUACAGCUGGCUUCUGCAGAGGAUGUGGACCAAGUGAAGGACCUGCUGCUGCCCGCCAUCUUCUUCUCUGCCGUGGUCAAUGUGGACAUCACCAGACUGGACGAAAUUUACAAGAAUGGGGUGGAGAUCAACAUGCAGGACGCUUCAGGGUGGACGGGGCUUCACAUUGCGUCCAGUGAGGGGCUGACUGAGGCGGUAACGUGGCUGCUGCAACAUGGCGCCUCAGUGCACAUCAGGGACAAGAUGGCUCGCACACCGCUCACUCUGGCCAUCGAGAACGACCGUCACCAGGUCAUCACUCUGCUGGUGAAGACUGGCUCUCAUCUGCUGGAGCCGUCCCUCAAGCUUGGUGAGGCGCUGGUCACUGCUGCCGCCUCUGACAAUGUGCGGCGCCUCAAGUCUUACCAGCUGGCUGAAGUGGACUUGAGCCUGCAGGACCCAUGUGGCCGGUCUGCACUGCAUGCUGCCUGCACGGUGGGGUCCGAGGAGGGUGUGCAGUUGUUGCUGGCUGCUGGCGUCCCCACAGAUGAGGUAGACCGGACAGAUCUCACUCCUGCAAUGUGUGCUCAGAUCAACAACCAUCAACACAUCAUUGAGCUUCUUGAGGCACACCAAAAGCACAAUGGUCUGCCCGGCUAAAGUCUGCAGCCGACUCAUGCAUUCCUGUCUGUGUUGGCGGCCAUCACACCACUGCUUACUGAGACCACCACCCACCUUCACUCUGCUCUGCUCUGCUCUGCACUGCUCUUCAUGACUGGUGGUACACAGGCCAGUAUUCAGAAUCACUCUGCUCUCUUAUCAUGACUGUUUCGAAAGGCCCUGCAGAUGAUUAACCAGGUUCAUAAUGUAGAAAUGGUGUUAAUACGUCACCAGCAACAAAAGAACCUGCCACUUCAGCAGCAAUAGUAAGCAAUAUCAAACACAAGGUAGAUGAAAAGUGUGAGUCAGUAGAGAUGCACACACACACACAGUGGCAACAAAUGUAUGUGUUAAUUAAGGGUUAGCUCUCUGUCAGUUCACAAAUAAGAUGCCAGCAUUCAUAAACAUUUUCCUCUCUUACCAUCUGUGUUUUCAAAGGCUGUGAGGAUGUUCAGCUGGAUUCCCAAGUGUGUUUCUCCUCUUCUUAAUGUAGAACCAUGAAAACAUCCUAUAAAAUUUGUCACUCGGCUCUGGCCUCUUGAAAGCAGUGAAGGUGUGGUAAUGUGGUGCAUGAGGCUUCAUAAUAAGAUCAACCACAAGCAACCCACCUUGAGUCCAGCUGAACACUCAAGGUUUGUCUGCUGUCUUGCUGUAUGCUCUCUCCCUCACCCACCCAGCACAGACCACAGUCAGGGUCAGGCUGUUGAUUCAUCACUUGUUACCUUGCUACAAUGGAAGGCUGUGUCCUCCUUGUGUGUGUGUGUUUGCAUGUUGUAUGAGAAGCAAAUCCUUGGUGUUUGGAAGACUUACCUCUCUCUCUCUCUCUCUCUCUCUCUCUCUCUCUCUCUCUCUCUCUCUCUCUUCCCAUUUAUCAAUUAAGAAGGGAAUUGUGCAGUAUUGUGUCAGCUGUGAAGUAACAAAGUCGUGUCAUUUUAGCCAACAGGGAACUGAGAACCGAGAAGAGGAAAGGUUUUAAAAAUGCUGUGGCAGAAUUGUCAUUAUUCUUUUUGUUUGUAAUAUUUGUAUCAAUGAUUUAGUUUUAAGUAGAAAGAUACUCCCUACUCUAUACCUAUGAAAGUCAGAUGAUUAUAUUUUCUAUAACGAUUAUGUACAUUUUACGAUGAUUGUAAUUUUACGUGAAGUUAGGUUUUGUGAUGUUGAAAUGGCUGUGUUGCGUUGUGUUGGCUGGUUGGUUUGUUGUACUGAGAUCAUUCGUGUGUGUGUGUGUGUGUGUGUGUGUAACGAUUAAUUAUUUUACGAUGAUUGUAAUUUUACAUGAAGUUAGGUUUGUGAUGUUGAAAUGGCUGUGUUGCGUUGUGUUGGCUGGUUGGUUUGCUGUACUGAGAUUCAUGUGUGUGUGUGUGUGUGUGUGUGAGCAUGAGUGAGUGUAGCCAUGCGUGAAGCUGUACAACAAAUCUUCGCACAGUCCAUAGAAGCAUAACUCACCACACAGCUCUUCUCAGUCUUGUAACUAUUUGCCUCUCAUUAUUCCCAUGUACUGUGUGGCACUUCACUGUUACUGCUCCAUUGCCCACCUUUGCAUCACCACAUUGCAUAAUACACACAAAUUAUGGCCUGUGAUCUGUACAUUGUUAUUACUGAAUUCAACACUUUAUAUAUUCUCUCUCUCUCUUUAAAAUAAUACUGUAAACUACAAAAACAUUAAUUCUAUUAUGCUCUUACUACUGUACAUAAAAAUUUCUCACACACACACACACACACACAUACUCAUUCUUACGCAUAUCACACAUUCACGCAGUCACUUGUCACCACCACCACCACCACCUGCACUGUUAACUUGAGCACUGUAAUUAUAGUUUGUAGUAAAUCUGUAGUUGUAAUAAACCUGUUGAAUGUA